ACAUGAAAAGACAAGCUUUGCAAGGCCACGCAGCUGUUGCUGGGUUGACCCCAGACGUGAAUGAGACUCAUGAGUGUUGAUCCCCUGUAAUCUCCCACUUUCCCUGGAAAAUGUUAGGCCCUUUCAUUUUCUUUUAUGUUAGUUGGGUGCCAACUGGAUAAGCCUGGCAUUCUGUAGGUAUAGGGUGAUCUGCUGACUGCAGUCUGGGACCUUCUCAUCCGGUGGGGUAGAAAGACCUACCCCACAGGGCGUCUCCAGCUGGAAAGCACUGCCUGUUCCCGUCUGUGGGUGAGUGGUCCGUGUUCACCCAUCCACACUGUUCUUCGGUCUGGGCUUUGUCUGUCAGAGGUUUGCUGUGUGUGGGUGUGGGUGUGUUAUAAUUGAAGUUGGGAGGGGUAACCUUGUGUCUUCAUGGUCCAGUGUGGGAAAAAAUUUAAGGUUUUCCAUAUCUUUAGAAUUUCUGGAGUUAAAAGGGGGGAUGCCGGAAGUGACUUUGUGAUCAGCCCAGUGAAGAAGACUGUCUUACUGUCUUCAUGAGGCAUAUCUUGCAGAGUUGGUGGAGGGCAAAAGCUCAGAAGCCAGCCAGAGGCUAAGGAUUCAGGGUCCCUGAAGUCCCCGGAGGCAUCCUCUGGGGAGCGCUGGGCCCAUGUUGCUCUAGUGUCUGAAGCAGUCAAUCUUUUUUGGUGUCGUUGGAGGGGGCAUAAUCUUUGGUUCGCCGUUAGAGACUAUGAUUGGGUGGGGCUAGGGCCCCUGCCGGCCUCUUUCUCUUUUCUCCAGGUUGUAGCCCCUCCUCUUAAAGGGCCCUCAGGGCUUCUCGUGCUUUACUGGUGCUCAGAGGGUGUGGUGACUUUAACGGCGUCUGGUGUUGCUCCUCCUGCCCCCGCUCUCAGCAGGAACCAGAAUCCUGCCUGCUCUGAGACUCUGAGGCUUCAGAACCUAGCCAAAGCUGGAGGAAUUGAAGACCAGGGCCCAGAAACUGGAUUGGGACUGUCCUCGUGAGUGAUGGGGUCCUCUCACCUGUACCUGUGAGCCACCACGAGUAAGCAGAGACUAGAAGCAUUGCCACCAACGACUGGAGCAGUGACCACACUGGAGUUCCUCUGGCGAGGGGGAAGGGGAUGAAGGAGAAAAACAAAGGCCAGUGAGCGAGCACGCAAGUGCACUCUUGUGGAGGCUCACAACACCCUCCCUGUGCCUACCCACAAUGUGUCAGUCAGAGAAGCCGCAAGGACCAGAGCUCCAAGCAGCAGUGAAAUGGUUGCACUUCCCCCGGCUGGCCCUUCGGUGGAGGCUAGGCCAGCUUAGCUGCAUGUCCAGACCUGCUCUGAAACUGCGCUCCUGGCCCCUGACCAUCCUCUACUACCUCCUGCCCUUCGGUGCCCUCGGGCCCCUCAGCCGGGUGGGAUGGAGGCCCGUGAGCAGGGUGGCUCUGUACAAGUCGGUGCCAACACGUUUGCUGUCACGUGCCUGGGGUCGCCUGAACCAGGUGGAACUUCCAUACUGGCUGCGGAGGCCGGUGUACAGCCUGUAUAUCUGGACCUUUGGGGUGAACAUGACAGAGGCUGCUGUGGAGGACCUGCACCACUACCGAAACCUCAGCGAGUUCUUCCGGCGUAAGCUGAAGCCUCAGGCUCGGCCUGUCUGUGGCUUGCACAGUGUGAUCAGCCCAUCAGAUGGCAAGAUCCUCACCUUUGGGCAGGUGAAGAACUGUGAAGUGGAGCAGGUAAAGGGCGUAACCUACUCUCUCGAGUCAUUCCUGGGCCCUCGGGCCUAUGCAGAGGACCUGCCCUUCCCUCCAGCCUCCUCCCGUGACUCCUUCAGGAAGCAGUUGGUCACCCGGGAAGGGAAUGAACUCUACCACUGUGUCAUCUACCUGGCCCCCGGAGACUACCACUGCUUCCACUCCCCUACCGACUGGACUGUCUCACAUCGGCGUCACUUCCCAGGUUCCUUGAUGUCAGUGAACCCUGGCAUGGCCCGAUGGAUCAAAGAGCUCUUCUGUCACAAUGAGCGUGUGGUCCUGACUGGCGACUGGAAACAUGGGUUCUUCUCAUUGACGGCAGUGGGAGCCACCAAUGUGGGCUCUAUCCGCAUCUACUUUGACAGAGACCUGCACACUAACAGCCCCAGAUACAGCAAGGGUUCCUACAAUGACUUGAGCUUUGUAACACAUGCCAACAAGGAGGGCGUUCCCAUGCGCAAGGGCGAGCACCUAGGCGAGUUCAACUUGGGCUCUACUAUUGUGCUCAUCUUUGAGGCACCCAAGGACUUCAACUUCAGACUGAAGGCAGGGCAGAAGAUCCGCUUUGGGGAAGCUCUGGGUUCCCUCUAGUCUUGGUUGUGACUGCCAAGGGAUCUUUCGACACAGGAGCAUGAGGGUCUUCAGAGGCACCCCAGGUUGUCCGGGUGAGGCACUGUGGGACUGACCUGGUAGGACCUGAAUGAUUUGUUCCUGCUUGUCCAGAGGUGCAGAGGACAGGUUUGGGAUCUGUCAGGACCCCUUUACAGAGAGCGGGUAUGGAUUUGACCUCACAAUCACUUUGAGGUUUUUUUGUUUGUUUGUUUAGUUUUGUAUAAGUUGGAGAUUUUACAUCUCUGGAUGAGUAUUGUGAGAACAGUUAUGUGCUACAACAUCCUAACUGCUCCCCCACCUGUCUCAGGGCCUUCUUCUGUCAGCCCCUUUGUUCUUUCUGAUUUAGAUUCCUUGGCACAGGCUGUGGAUCCACCCUCUUCCUAGAGUAGGCCACAUGGCCUUCACAACUGCUUUCUGUUCCCAAACGCACCCUCUGCUGCUGAAGUAAAACCAUUUCUAUGUUGUUGAAUGUGUUGACCUAGCCUCUGCCAGUUCUUCUGAGGACAGUGACUAAUGAUUCUGACCUUCCAGAGCUGGCUGAGUCCUUCUGCUGGUAGGCAAGACCGAUUACUGACUUGCCUGGCCGUGUACAAAGUGAGGGGGCAGGUAGAGGCCCAGCCCUGCAGGAAGUAGGGACAUGCUGCUAUUGGUCUAGGGGCUGUGUUGGAGGCAAAGGGUAUGAUGGUCAGUGCCUAGAAAACCUGUUCCAAGUAGCUGCCAGGUAUGCAACCCAUGGGGAAGCCAGUGGUAGGGACAAGGCCAGUUUCAUGUUGAUCUUAGGGAUACCAUGAAUUUCUCCUGCAGGAGAAAUCAUUGAACUUUUCAACUGUAUCAGUAGUAUAAUAUUUUGUAUGAAAAGUAGGAGACUUCUGAACAGUAAUUCAUUUAAUUGCAAGACAUUUUGAAAUAAAAAAAAAUCCCCAAACCAUU